AUGCAGUAUAGUGAAACAGAGAGAAACGGUUACGACCCGAUCCUUUUUUUUUUAAGCUCUUUUCUUCUUCUAACGAUUCUAUUUGCUGACGUGUCGCACGGUCGUUGGCCAAGAACCCGGAAGGCGUUGCAACUUAUAUUACCGCUACAACCACCGGCAGAAGCACAGAACAAUAACCAACAAAAAAUUAACAGCCUGUGUUCCAAGGAUGUCCUCAAGCUUUGUAAGAAUGCUCCACUAAAGUGGCUAAUAAAAGGAGAUUCGAAUCAUUUGUGUGAAAUCUCGAUUCUACGUUCUUUUGCCAUUUUACUAGAAAAGUAG